AGAAGAAGAGGACAAGGUUCCGCCAGUUCCGCCAGCUCCGCCAUGUUUUGAGUGGAGUGUAGUUGCAGGAUUAACUCUGAUACAUCGUUUUACAAAACAAGCUGUGUCAAGUGAGAUUUUAUUUGUGGCACAGUUUUCAUUGUCAAGAUGUUUAACAGAAUGACAAGCCUGUGGAUGGGCGAUUUAGACCCAUACAUGGAUGAAAACUUCAUCAAGCAAGCUUUCAGCACUAUGGGGGAGACAGCCUAUGGUGUUAAAAUUAUCACACAUCGAGUCACCGGAGGCUCUGCUGGAUAUUGCUUUGUGGAAUUGGCAGAUGAAGCCAGUGUUGAUCGAUGUGUUCAGAGGCUCAAUGGGAAGCUGGUCCCAGGAUCAAAUCCUCCCAGGAAGUUCAAGCUGAAUUAUGCAACAUAUGGGAAAAGGCCUGAACCUGGACCUGAAUUUUCUGUUUUUGUUGGAGACCUCACACCAGAAGUGGACGAUUAUCAGCUUCAUCAGUUCUUUGUGAAAAAAUACCCUUCUUGCAAAGGAGCCAAAGUUGUCACUGAUCCCUAUGGAAAUUCAAGGGGCUAUGGCUUUGUGAAGUUCAGUGAUGAAAGCGAGCAGAAGAAAGCCCUUGAGGAGUUUCAGAAUGCUACUGGCCUGGGAGGCAAGCCCAUCAGAAUAAGCAUUGCAGUCAACAAAAGCAACAAAUCAAACAACUACCAUAAUCAGAAUCACAGUUAUAACAGCAAUUACCAGCAGCAGUACUAUCAACAGCCAUACAGUAAUUACUAUCAGCACUGGGGCUAUGAUCAGUACAACAGUUACAAUUAUGGAUAUAAUCCUUAUGCCACUCCUCCUCCGGUUCCUCAUGGGAUGAUGGGACCCCCUCCACCGAUGGGAAUGCCUCCGAUGCCCCCUGACAUGCACGCAACCACAGAGAUUAUGUCAUUACAGCAAUCUUCUGAUGCCACUGAAGAGGUUGAAGAAGACAAUGAAGAUCUAAACCCGCAGGUUGAUGUGGAAGCACUGAAUAAGCAGUACAUGGAGCGUAGUGAGGAGCUCUACGAUUCACUCAUGAAUUGCCACUGGCAGCCCUUGGAUAGUGUCACAUCUGAAAUCUUCUCAGAAAACUCUUCUUGAUUGCCUGCAAUAAUCCUGGACCUUCUUGAAAUGAAAAUGCCUUUUUAUGUAGUUCUUAAACUUUUGAGAAAAUAUCCGCUGCUGAUCUGUUUUGUGUGGGACUUGUCAAGUGUUUCUCCUUCUACUUUGUCUCUUGCAUUCUUUAACCAUUAAAUAAAGGUUUUUCUUUUUACUUUAAACAGCUUGUCUUUUAGAGAGUUCAGAUUUAAAGCUGAGAGUGACUGCAACUCUUACCUUUAAAAGGAUAUUACAUUUUAUUAUUACUAAUUUAGUUUUUUUUUUGGUAAGCAUCUUAUACAUUAUAACUGAGUAAAGUUGAUGUACACACACUUCUUGUUCAGCAGAUGUUUUGGCUUGGACGUGGUGGUUUUAUAAUCCCUGCAAAAGGACUGGGGGCAAUUAAAUUGUUUGCUAAAUUGUUUGCCAUUUUCAAGUGAUUUAUUUGCCGCUUGUACAGAAAUAACAAUGCCCAGCUGUUGAUGAACAUGAAUGUUUUAACAUGCUGUUGUUUGGGGCUUGAAUGUGCUGUGUGUUCAUUGGUUAAUGAAAGAACUGACAUCAAAUCAGCCUGUAUAAGUUACAGUAGUAAUGUAUUUUCUUCAUUUAUUGGCUCCAGGAAAAUUACUGUGCAUGUUUAAAGUGAACGGCACAGAAUGUUCUCCAACAUUUUAUCAGAUAACUCUAUCUGAAAUGAAUAUUCCCUGCAAACAUUGUGAUUAUUGCUUUCACACCAUGAGGUCAAAGCUCAGGAAUGUUGGAAACUCAAAACAUAUUUUUUCUGUUCUGCCCAGCUUCAAAUUAAUUUGAAUAAACAUAUGAAUUAAAAGUCUCU